AUGCAGGAUCGAAAAGCCGGCGUUGACCUACACUCUAUCCCCAUCGACCGUGACUAUGUCAUUCCAAGCGCCGGAGCUGGCAUUGCGCCUGAGAAGGCAUCCGCCCUACUCUCACAGUUCGAGCGCAAAAGGCUAGCAGCCACCAUUGCAGUUCCCACCGACGAUGGGCGAGUACGAGCCAAGCUUCGGGAGCUGGGCCACCCUAUCACCCUCUUCGGCGAAGGCCCGGCGGACAGGCGCGACAGGUUGCGGGAGAUCCUCACUGAACAGGCGCAGGCACAGCAGGCGACGACUGGAGAGGGUCCCGAAGUGGAGAUGCAAGACGCGGACGAGGCCGGGGAGGAGGAAGUCGAAGAGCAAGAGGAGGAGUUCUAUUCCCGAGGAACGGAUGAGCUUCUCCAGGCGCGGAUAAACAUGGCCCAGUACACGAUCCCACGAGCGAAGCGGCGCGUCGAAUUCCAAAAGAAGGAGGCCACCAUUCCCCUGCGUACCCACGUCAAAUUCCGGAGGGAAAUCAAGGAACGGCUACAGACUUUUGAGCUCCAGGGCAGUCAAACAGCCGGAGAUCGUCACAUUAGCAUGACGAGGAUAUCUCCGAACGGCAAGAUGGUGGCGACCGGCAAUUGGGGGGGCCAGGUCAAACUCAUCGACAUUCCUAGCCUCGAACACAAGCGGACACUGAGAGGUCAUACCAACAAAAUCAGCGGCAUCUCGUGGAUGCCUGGGGCUACACUGCCCGAGCGCAACGUCUCAGAAGAGACGGUUAAUCUCGCAUCGGGCGGCGCCGAGGGCCAAAUCCAUCUAUGGUCACUCACCCAAGACACGCCACUCUCAACCCUCUCCGGCCACUCUCAACGGGUAUGUCGGGUCGAAUUCCAUCCCUCCGGAAAGUACCUCGCGUCGGCAUCGGAAGACACGUCGUGGAGGUUAUGGGACGUCGAGACGACUACAGAGCUGCUCCUCCAGGAGGGCCACUCGCGCGGAGUCUACGCCGUCAGCUUCAACACGGACGGCUCCCUUCUGGCCAGCGCGGGUUUGGAUAGCAUCGGGCGCGUCUGGGACCUGCGCUCCGGGCGUACCGUGAUGAUUCUCGACGGCGGCACCGACGGCCACAUCAAGCCCAUUUACGGGCUCGACUGGGGCUCGGACGGCCACCGGGUUUUGACCGCUUCUGCCGACGGAUGGAUCAAAUGUUGGGAUGUCAGGAAGGUGCAGCGGUCUGGGGGCAUCGGCGCGCACACGAGCGCGGUGGCUGAUGUCAGGUGGUUCAAGGGUCUCGAUGAUCCCCUGGAAGGCACUCCCCCCGGCGAGGAUGAGAAGGGCAUGCAGAUUCCAAAGAAAUCGGGCACCUUUCUUGUUUCGGCGGGUUUCGACAACAAGGUCAACGUCUUCUCGGCUGAUGAUUGGGCGCUGGUACAGUCACUCAGUGGCCACACCGGGCCUGUGGCUAGUGUGGACGUGAGCAGGGACGGGAGAUGGAUCGUCAGCGGUGGCCAUGACCGCACGGUCAAGCUGUGGGGAAGAUAUGACUCUGCGGGAAUGUACGGCGAUGACUAG